AUGCCCCCCGCUGCCCGUCCCCCAUUUUCCCUCUUUCCACGAAAUUCACCACACCCGCAGGGGUGCAAGCUCAACAGGAGGGACAUCGCCCGUAUCCUCAAGCAGAACCCGGAGGACCGCGACCUUGACGCUCUCGCCGUCCUCCUCAAGGAGGCCCACUCUAAGGGCUACACCGGCAAGAAGGUCGACGAUGGGAGGGACGCCCUCGCCUGGGGUUCGAAUCCUGUCGAGGCUGUCUUUCAGCAACAGUCGGCCCUCCUGGAGGACACCAAGUGCGCCAAGGUCGCCGAGGCAUGUCCCCAUGGUUCUACUUCGCUUCUGGUGAAGAGGAAGUGGUUCGACCCUCGCGGAGGCUGUGCGAUCACGUCCUGCGUUCACCUGGAGAAUGGUGACGGAGGAGGGGGAAGAGCGCAAGACACAGCGAGCACUGUGGCUGAGGCUGACGGGAGAGACGAAGAGAACACGAGGGCGCCCGAAGCAUCAGCCAAGGGGAACGACGUCGCGAUGAAGGCCAUCGCCGAGAAGCUUGCCGAACUCUCGCAGCAGCACCCCGUGGGUUCCGUCAAGAAGGCCCUCGCAACGAUGCGACAGCAGCAAGCGAAGGCAAGUGCACGACAAGGAACGUCGAAAUCGGAGUUUUGUGCACCGUCGUCAUACGUUCCCCUCCGAAGAGUGCGUGUAUUUCAGUAA